GGCAACCAACAAUGUAGACGAGCUCCACAAACUAUAACAUAUUCAGGUCAGGCUGCGUGUUAACACUCACUAAACGGGCGGUGCGUUCAUAUUUUGGGUCUGUUACAGACAGCUGCUCCGUAAAACACAGUAACAGGAUUUUUUUCAUUUAAAAAAGUUUUUAAAGGAGUUUUGUUGAAUCAUUAUCUUCACAAAAGAAAUUAGCUGCCUGCUAGCGAGUGAGCUAGCGUUAACAUCACAAACAUCUCUUUGUAUGGAGUUACCGAGAGACCUCCACUAGCUGAAGCAGCUCCUGAGACAAAUAGCGGGGAACUUUGGAGGUUCUUAAACUUUGUGAGAGCCCAAACCGAGAGAGAUCUGCCAGCUCGUGUACUUUGGGGAUGUCGUGCUGGAGUGGAAAGGCCCGGGGGGGCAGUCAGGGUCUCCAGCCUCUCAGAGCUACUGUUCCCUUCCAGCUCCACAAUAAAACCCCACCACGUUGCUGCAGAGAUGCACUAACAGUUGAGUGCAAGACAAAGGCUCGUCCUCCGAAGCCAACGCUGCGACGGACUCUUUCGCUGGACACGCUGGUGGGGCCGUACCUGCAGGGCCACUGGCCCAAACAGCCAGAAAGUCAGAAUGUAACCUGUGUCAAUGACAAAGCCACACAGACCCCCAGUUCUUGGACUGAGGAGACCCGUGGUAGAAGAGGUGGAGUGGGACACAAACGCUCUGCCUCAUGGGGCAGUGCCGAGCAUCUGAGAGAGGUUGCUAAGCUAAGGCACUCGCUACAGAAGCGCUCCAGACAUGCACCUCCUGCUGCUGGCUAUGAUCGGCCUCAUCAGCCCCCACCAACCAUCCACAUACACGCACCUGGAGCCACACAGACUGUACCUCUGCUGCCCCUCAGCAGGCUGGCUCCCAGAUUGCGGCGCAGUGUAGAGGGGCUUAACCUGGAGCUGGAGGGGGUCUUUGUAUCUGAAUUACCAGAGGAACAGCACAAGAUUCUGGAUGUCCCAGAUGGUCAUAGAGCACCUGUUCCAGCUCAGAGGUGCAGCAGUGGCUCUCAGAGUGACCCUUCACCUGGACUUCUCUCCCCCUCGCAAUCCCCCUGUCCCAUAGCAGAUUCUGAUAUGGUAGUCUGUGGGCAGCUGGACCCCUCUCCCUCCCCUCCCUUGUAUGUGGCUGACGCACCUUCCUCUUCCCCCCGCCCCAAUAAGACCUAUGCCUUCCAGAGAGAACCUCCAGAGGGCUGUGAGAGAGUGCGUGUAUGUGAAGAGGCCUUUUCUCCAUGUCACAGCGAUCGUCCCGUUCAGCCAUCCUGUCCCGACCCCAACAAAGUCAACUUCACUCCUCACGGAGGCUCCGCCUUCUGCCCAGUCAGCCUACUUAAACCCCUCCUCCCUUCCAUGGACUUGCUGUUUCGUGGCCUGUCAGUCUCACCUGUCACUGGCUGCUCAGGCCAAAGCCCUGCCCCCUGUCAGACAAUAACACAUACAGUGGGCAACAACACAUACCUCCCAGACUCUAACACCUCUACCAUUUAAAGAGGUGGGAGAAAUGAGAGGGCAAAGUGAGAACUGAUGCACAUAAGAGUGAUGUACUUUUUUUUUUCUAUGUGCCAGUUUACUGGUAGUUGUGGCACCCACAAAAUGAGCAUUUACUUUUCAGCUAAGAAGGAAAUCAGGACAAAAAGAUGAAGAAGGAAGACAAUCCAUCACCAAAGAACUACAAGAAAGCACUGUCACUCUCAGGACAAACACACAAGACCUUUCAUUCUUUUUGUAAUGUGGAUGAUUCUGAAUAAUUGGACAUCUAAGCCUGGCUAUACAUAUCCCAUAAUAGGAUAGCUAACCUUUUUUAGAUUAGCAAAUGGAAGAAUAUAGAUGAGGUAAAGUAUUCCUUUAUGAUAUGGGAAUGUACCACACGUCUAUCAGACUUA